AUGGUGCGGCCCCAAACGUCUGCUUGGGCACAUACUUUUGGUGAAGCCUGGUGGGGUCGUUAGACCCUUCCAGCCCAGCUCCUAGCUUCCCUUAUCAGCUUGGGCUGGCUUGCCACACUUAAUGUCACCCUGCUCAGCCCUGUGGGGGGAUUCUGAGUGAAGUCUUAAAGAAAAUUCUACCGCCUUCCACUCAUAGUCCGAAAAAAAGGGAUAGAUAAGACAAAGUUACAUUAAUAUCAGGGCAUGUUGAAAGCAAAGGAAAGUACAUUUAACGUGGUGAGAUUUCGUUAGCCUUAUUUAGCCUAUGGUUUAAUAGAUGUGGAAACAGGUUCAGAGACAUUGAGUAACUAACUGCCCUAGGUUUACAGAGCUUGUGGGUGGAGCGGAAAUUCCAACCUAGGUUUCUCUACCUUCAAAAUCUGUGUGCUUUAUAUAUCACUUUCUUGUUUUUUCAGUUAAUGACCUACAUUUCUACUUAUAUGGCGGCUGCCUUGUGUCGAUAGACCAGUCGUUCUCAGUGGGCCCCAGACCAACAUAAUCAGCACCAACUGAGAACAUGUUAGAAAUGCACAGACCCACUGAGUUAGAAACUGGGAAUGGGGCCCAGUAAUUCGAUUUAACAAGUCCUCCAGCCAGCAGUGUGGAAAAAUGGCAGUGAGCCACUCGGUGAAGGAGCGGACCAUCUCGGAGAACAGCCUGAUCAUCCUGCUGCAGGGCCUCCAGGGCCAGGUAACCACUGUGGACCUGCGGGAUGAGAGCGUGGCCCACGGACGCAUAGACAACGUCGAUGCUUUCAUGAACAUCCGCCUGGCCAAGGUCACCUACACGGACCGUUGGGGGCACCAGGCCGAGCUGGAUGACCUCUUCGUAACCGGCCGGAACGUCCGUUAUGUCCACAUCCCAGAUGACGUGAACAUCACCGAGACCAUUGAGCAGCAGCUGCAGGUCAUCCAUCGGGUACGCAACUUUGGCAGCAAGGGUCAAGGCCGGCGGGAAUUUCCCACCAAAAAGCGUAAAUGAGUUUGUCCCUUCAGCAAGCUCCAGUCCUCACUCAGGUUCCUUCACAGUUCUACUGAGCCAACAACUGCCUGCUGUCCCUCCCUGCCCAGAACCUGGGAAGGGAGCAGGGCCAGCCCAGAAACUGGUGUCUGACAGACCACACCUGUCACAGUUGCCUUUCACAGGGUUUCACCUCCCAGAUUCAUCCUGGGACCCAGAAUCCUAUUUACCUGUGGCCUUGGGGUAGAUGACAAUCCCCCUUUUGAUCAUUUGCAUCUGAAUCUCUGAUUUACUGAUUUAGGGAAUCUGUCAAAUAGUUUUCAACCCUCACCCGGUGAGGCUUAUUAAAUGUGCUGGGCCUCAGCCACCCCUAAAUGUC